AUGUUCGAGAUCCUAUCAUUUUCGGUCCUCCAGGUCCUCUCGGUGGUUUCGUUCCUCACCUCAAUCCUUGCUGUGCUCCAUGUCGGAGCGGGUUCGCUGCACCGACUAUCGAACAAGUUUGAGGCAGAUCUCAACCUGCCCCAGCUGUCUCUGAACACGGGCAAGCCGCAUUUGUGGAACUGGAGCGCGCUGCCUGUGUCGUUCUCGCUGAGCAGCAUACUGGGCGAGGAGACCCAGGAGAGGUCUGCGGAUGAGAAGGGACUUGGGUUUAUGGGCGGGUCUGAUAUAAUGAGGGUCCACUGGCAAGUCGGACGACCCAGAUUAGGUCCUCAUUUCUACGAGUCGCAGCCUCCAUUGUCCAUGGCGAAAGUCAUCAUGUCCCGCCACUCACAGCGUCGGCCAGCUCGCCUCCAACGACGCAUGUCGGGCGCGCCCCGCCCUACACUACCAUCACGACUUGUCGAGUCCGUUGUCUAGACUGCACGCCCACGCCAUGUUCUCCUGAAUGACUCUGCAUGACGCAUGACAUUCGCACGACCUGCGCGCUCCCUCCUUACGGCCGCAGCUAAAACGGAUUUACCCAUUUCGUCCCACAAUACCCUGACCCUCCAAGGUCCUUCGCCAGCGCGGCGAAUAGUCGCUGCGCUACUUCGCUUUCGAACUUUUUGACUGUGUUAUUAUUAUUGUCUACCGGGGACUCGUCGAUGCUGAAGGGCAGUGCUGCCACUACGCGUUUUGGUUGUAUCACUGUUGUGUGAUGUAGGAAGAGCGGACUCUUCUAGUAGUCUACUGUACCUUUUGUUUGUUUUCGCUAUUGCUACUUACAUUCUAUUCCAUGAAUACAAGUCACGUCUGAACUGUUU